AUGGAGCAGUUUGUGGAAGUCUUUCAAACUCAUAGCUUUUAUGUAUUGGUCAGAAAGCCCUGUGCAUUGUUCAUAGAUCGGAUUAACGGAGAUGCUACCUUUAAAUAUGCUACGAACAUAGCAGCUCUUUCCGAUGCCGUCAAUCUUGGUGUUGUUGAGGGCGUUCUCGGGAAGUUUCAGUGUAUUGCCAAUAGUAACUGGCAUUUGCUCCUUAUAAGUGAAAGCGAAUUUGUGUGCUCUCUCCAUGAUGGAAUUGAGGUCAGGCGAAUAUCGAAAAUCGCAAUUCUCCCCAUUUCACCCUCGCCUCUACCAAAAACAUUUCAACUCAACAAGACCUCACGAAGUGGCAAGGAGUCGAUUUUGACACACGAGCAACCGUCAGCCCAAAAGCAGCCGGCAAUCGUGCAAGCAGUUCAAAACACCAUCAAAGCGGCAUCUGAUAUUGUAAAUUUUAAACAGGAGUUGGAAAAGCUUUUCGAAGGCGAGUCAGACCAGUUUUACUUUGCAAGGUGCGGUGGUGAUUUGACGCUUUGGACGCAGCGACGAGAAUGUCGACGUCUGCGGGGUGAACUGUGUUACUGGGGUGAUUUGAAGGUAUGCCCUCGCACCUGUUGGUCACCCAUUUGGUGUCGUUACGACAAGUCUUUCGUGUGGAAUCACCGUAUUCUUCAAGAUUUGGUGGCUCCUGCUCUCCAGUACCUCCAUGUGGAGGAGGGGCUGCCCAAACUCGUCACUGCAUCGCGAUCACCCUCCCCUGUCGAAGAGAGUGAGAGGAUGGAGGCGGGAAUGGAGAUGGAUGAAACAAGGCAGCAGGUUGCUGCGGAGGCAGGUCAGCCCACUCGACUGACUGAGUGCCUGUGCGCUCUCGAGUCCAUGCUCCCACCGAUUAUCAGCGGUUUCGUGAAGCAGCACAAACUAGCCCUCCAUAUGUGGGAUGUGGAUGGUCGCAUUAGUCCAACUACACCAGAUCCCGUCACCCUGACUAUUAUCUCUCGGAGGAGCCAAUUCAGAGCUGGCUGUAGGUAUCGACGAAGGGGCAUUGAUGAAAGGGGAUAUGUGGCGAAUUAUGUCGAAACGGAACAGGUGCUGGAGGUGCCCAGCGAGGUGAGCGUGCACGUCCUCUCCUUCCUGCAGAUUCGCGGCUCCGUGCCGGUCUUCUGGACCCAGACGGGCAUCAAAUACAAGCCCCCGAUCCAACUACACAAAAGUCUAUCGGAGAAUCGGGAGGCCUUUCGCUUGCACAUUGAGCGUCCACUGCGGAAGUUCGACCGGUUGGUUGUAGUGAAUUUGGCUGAGACAGUACCAGGUCGCCAGGAGAGUAAAAUCACCGAGGCAUUUGUGCGACAGCUCCUGCUUUUCAACAAUCCUAAGGUCACAUACGUCGGCUUUGAUUUUCACGAAUAUUGCAAAAAUCUUCGCUUUGGAAACGUUUCCGUUCUUUUGGAGGGUAUCAAGGACAUCAUCCGUGAUAUGCAAUAUUAUUGGCUACACAGGAACAAUCUCAUGUGCAAACAGGAGAGUGUUUUUCGAGUAAACUGUAUCGACUGCCUGGAUAGGACAAACCUCGUGCAAAGUGUGUUUGCAACCUCUGUGAUAGAAAUACAAUUGCGCAGGCUGGGUCGCCUACCACCGGAGGUGGAUCUGCCAGUGGAGUUUUCGCGAUCAGUGCAAUCGAUAUGGGCGGAUAACGGCGACGCCCUCUCUCGCCACUAUACCGGCACCGCCGCCAUGAAGGGCGACUAUACGCGGACUGGCUUCCGAACAGUAAAUGGCUUGAUGAAAGACGGCGUUUCAUCGAUGAGCAGGUACUACCAACGCUUCGGUGAGAUCAAACGUCAGGCCGCUAUUGAUUUUCUUCUUGGCCACACGAACAGUCCUGAGCUGCGGUUCCUUCGGAACUGCAGCACUGCAGACGUACCUGUUAAGGAGCAUUCGAGCAUAGAAGUAUCAUCCCUUUUGGCUGCGGUGAGAUCCUCCUGCCUUCAGGUGGAUGAAGACCCAUUCUUCGAGUUCGUUGCCUCCAGUACCGUUAUGCAACUGAGACGCAUAGAUGUACGAGCCUUCGGGAUGCUGACCAGCAAAUAUCUCCACAUUGUCAGAUUCGUUGAUGAUCCGCUCACUAAUCAACAGGCACACCUGCAUAUUCCCGUUUCUUCGAUCACACACAUUGCCCUUGGCUUCUCCUGUCCUGUAUAUUCACUUCACCACAACGUCUCCGCAUUCCAAUCAACCGCCCAUGGCUUUCUGCAAUUAUUCUUCCAAAGAAGUAUGUCGGCCACCAGAACAAUGAUGACGGUGUCUAUUUUUUGCCCUUACUCCUGUUUACCUGGCAUUCUAUUUACUUUAACUUUCAAUAAAAACGUGUUUCGUGUGCUCCAGGUGGAGUUUCGUUCAAGUGACGACGCCAGUGGGGAGAGUGGGGUGUCGGCUCCCUCCACUGUGCUCAAGCGUCUCCCCCCCCAACAGGGUACUAGCGGUCAAUACUGUCUGGCCUUACGUCAGGCUCCCUUCCGCCUCUUCAACAACUAUCUGGUCCCCAUCUCCAGCGCGGAGGAGGCCACAGAUGCCCUCCAUGCCGUCGCCGAAUCCAUCACUGUGCUCCUUCAAUCCAUCGAUCAGUCUACCGAUCAGUUGGUGCUAGCGGAGACGCGGGCGACGGGCAUUUCGGUUAUGCAGCGGCGUUUCACGUCAUCACUACCCACAGAAUUCACGCGGCCACUCGCCCCUGCUGUCUGCAAUGCUCUGCAGCAGCAUCACGAUUGCCUGUAUCCCUUUCUUCUCUCCCUGCACCCGCCUCGCCGUCCCCGGCGCUCCCGACGUGUCCCUGUGGAUAACCUCAACCACUCGUCCAAGCCGGCUCAGCGCAUCUGCAAAAGGAAGAAUUCUUUGAAACCUACACCUCCUUUAAAUGUCUCUCAAACUGAGGAGAUCGGUACCUCAAACGGGACAAGGGUUUUACAAAGCACGUCGGAGGAAUGUAUUGAAGCAGCAACAGAAGAGACGGACGAAGAGAUGUUGGCGCCGGACAGCUCGGAGGUAAUGGAAGGAAAAGAGUCGAGGAGUAAGUGUGGCAUCGCAGAACAGGGAGUUGAACCUCCCUUUGGCUCCGACGUAGAUGAUAUGCCCGCGCACAUCAUAAAACCUAGCCAUUGCUCCUCAAUUUCUGACUUGAUGUACGAGUUGGAAGACGCGGCCUCCAUUGCAACCGAGGAGGAGGACGAGAGGGUGGAAGGGGAGGACGAUGAAAAUGAGAAAACGUGGGCUGCGGACAGAUGCCUCAACUGA